AUGUCUUACAACGACGACAAUCAACGUGGUGGCGGCUACGGCGAUGACAGCUAUGGUUCGUCUGGUCGUGGCAACGAUAGCUAUGGUUCAGGCCGUACCGGCGGAGGUCUAGGAUCCGAUGAUACCUACGGAGACUCUGCUCGCACCGGAGGAGCCACUGGCGGCGGAUACGACGACAAUAGCCGUACUGGCGGUGGAUUCGGUCGUGACGACACCUCCGGAGGCUCUGACUACACUGGAGGCAACACCUCCUCUGGAUAUGGAGACAGUGGCAGAACUGGAGGCAACACCUCCUCUGGCUAUGGAGACAGUGGCAGAACCGGAGGUGGUCUGGGGAAAGAUGACACAUACGGUGACUCUGGGAACACUGGUGGAUUCGGUUCUGGCCAAGACAACCAAUAUGGCGUAGGCAGUGGCAGAACCGGGCAGCAAGCCUCCGGUGGCUACGGUGCCAGUGAUGACACAUAUGGGUCAUCUACAGGUGGCAGCGGUGGCUACGGGGAUGAUAGCUCUGGUCGUCGCGGAGACGAUUAUGGUUCCAGUGGUCGCACUGGCGGCGGACUUGGUGCCGACGAUACUUAUGGUGAUUCCGGCCGCACGGGCGGUGCAUCAACCGGGCGUGACAGUGACUAUGGUAUGGGUUCGGGCCGCACUCAACAACAGGAUCAGGGUGGCUUUGGCGCCGGCGGGAGUGGCCAAGGCUACGAUGAUGACACAAGCGGCAAGAAAGACUCUACCGCCGGUAAGCUCAUGGAGAAAGCCGGCAGUCUUUUCGGCAGCGGCAAAGUACAGGAGCGAGGUGCAGAAAAGAGACGUGAGGCUGGUGGCGGAGACGACUCCAACUAUGGCUCCAACUAUUGA